UCAUUAUCAUUAUUGUUACUAUUAUUAGUAGUAGUAGUAGUAGUAGUAGUAGUAGUAUUAGUGUAAGAACAUCAAUCGAAUGGCCCUGUGACGUCAUGUUAAAACGCUAUUGUAAAAACACAUAAUAUUGCUCUGACUAAUGAUGUUAUUGUUUACUUCGAAAUUCCCAUUGUUAUCCUCCAAUAGGAAAACAGUUGUGGAAUAAAAUAAUCAUUGGGCUAGUUAAUUCCUUUUACUGCUGCCUGCCGCUCAACCUUAAACCUUAGGGUAACUCAUAACAGCUUCCAUCAUGUUUUAAUGACCUAGCUUUUCUCAUCAAGGGCGAAAAUGAAGAUAAUUCAGUGUGGAUUAUCUGUGUUAAUAUAAAGCUAAACACGUUGCACUAUGCAUUCUACUUUAGUAUUUAGAAAAAUUGUAAGAAACAAGAGGAAAUGAGAGACAAUAUAAAAGAACAUAGGCCUAUGUUUAUAAGCUCACACUUUCCCGGCCCGCUAUGCACACAAGCGGCUAAUUUAUUUCAAACGGUCUACCAAGGAUUUGCAUAAUCCGACAUAUCAGUGACUUUCCUGAACUGAAGAAUCUUGACAUUCCAUCAAAGCAAAUAUUAACGCUUUCUAUUGGAAACAGAGACUCAUUUCCUUCGUUUCAACUUGUAUUUUUUUAUGCUGCGUGAGUAGAAAGUAUGCAAGUUGUCUCUUUCGGUCUAUGGAUGUAAGCUGUCCGACUCUGGCCUUAUUUUCCAGUGAGGGCGACAUUAACAAAUUUGUAAAGUACUCUUCACAAUAGACAAAAAAAAAUUGUUGACAACAUUUCCAUCAAAACGCGCCUCUGUAGAACAAAGCGAUGCAAUACAAUUUGGCUGAUGUAAUGUUGACUCACAUGGCGCGGUUGUGAACUCUCUCUCCACACGCACGCAAAUGUUUUGAAAUUGUUUCCACGUUAUUUAACAGACUGGAAAGUUUUUCACUCGCUUAAAUACCGUCGAUUCCUUGAACACAACAUAGAACUGUGAUUUUUCUACUAAAUAAGCAGAUUUUACAACCAGUCAAACCCGUUUAUUAGGAUUUGAAAAAAACCGGUUUGUAUUUAUUUUCAUUCAUGGGUCGAUAGCUUUUGUCCACAAGCCAGCCUGCAGGCAAGUUGUAUUUUUCAGUUCUCGCGCGCUUAUAACUUGGCGGAAAUGACGGCGAGAGAGAAUCGAAAAGACGGCCAGGUAACUCUGGCUCUAACCACGGGUGAUAACGAUGAAAUAGCGACAGAAGGCAAGUGUGAUGACUCGGAGAGGGACACGGCGAGCGAAAUGGAAGUUAUAGGGCGCCGGACAUGGGGCAACAAAGCUGAGUAUAUUCUCGCCACUAUCGGCUUUGCUGUUGGAUUCGGAAAUUUAUGGAGAUUUCCUUAUUUGUGCCAGAAAAAUGGAGGAGGUGCAUUUCUCAUUCCGUAUUUCAUCAGCCUGAUCUUGCUCGGAAUUCCGCUGUUCUUCUUGGAACUCGCCAUUGGCCAAAGCGUCCGCCAGGGUCCCAUCGGCGUAUGGAAGGCGAUUCAUCCCUACCUGGGUGGGGUUGGGCUUGCUUCGGUGGUCGUGUGUAUUCUGAUUUCCAUGUACUACAACAUGAUCAUUGGCUGGUGUUUUUACUACCUUUUUGUGUCUUUUCAAGACCCUCUGCCCUAUUCCUCUUGUCCUAGUGGAGUGAACUGCACGGUUAACGAGGAAUGCAAACUAGCAGGUCGCACACAGUAUUUCUGGUACACUAAAGCUCUCGGUGCGACGAGUUCUAUCGAGGAAAUGGGUGAUUUCCAAUGGCAUCUCUGCCUUGUGCUGCUACUGGCAUGGAUUGUCCUGUUCUUGUUCGUCAGCCGUGGGGUCCAGUCAGCUGGGAAGGCAGUAUAUGUGACCGCUACACUGCCAUACGUUGUGUUGGCUAUUUUCUUUGGAAGAGCUGUAACAUUGAAAGGGUCAUUGGAUGGAAUAAUACACAUGUUUAAGCCUCAGUUUUCUAGACUAGCUUCUCCUUUAGUAUGGCUGGAGGCCGCUACACAAGUGUUCUUUUCUGUUGGUGUCGGUUUUGGAACCCUUAUCGCCAUGUCAAGUUACAACCCAGUACAUAACAACUGCCGUCGAGACGCCAUCUUUGUAUCUUUAAUUGACAGCUUGACGUCAGUCUUUGCAGCUGUUGUAGUGUUCUCCGUUCUUGGUUUUAAGGCACACGAUUCGUACGAUGAAUGCUUAAGGUUAUAUGGAGGAGUGAACAACACAAAUCUUCCUCCCGGAAUGACGCUUGACAAAAAAUGUCAUAAUCUGGAACACUGGCUUUCUGAGUCUUUUCAAGGUCCUGGUCUGACAUUCAUUGCCUUUACUGAAGCCAUUCUCAAGCUGCCUCUGUCGCCACUGUGGUCAGUGUUGUUCUUCUCCAUGCUGUUGUCUCUUGGUCUUGGCAGUAUGUUUGGAAUACUGGAGGGUGUUCUUAACUCACUACACGAUCAGAAGUUGAUUCCGCUGCGGAAGGAAAUACUUACAGGGCUCACGUGUUUUCUAUGCAUGGUGAUUGGUUUGCUGUUCUGCCAGAGGUCUGGGGAGUACUGGCUGCAGAUGUUUGACAGCUUUACAGGAACACUUCCGCUUCUGUUUAUCUGCUUCUUUGAACUUGUUGGAGUUUCAUGGGUGUACGGCGCUAACAGGUUUUAUGAUGACAUAGAGUACAUGCUUCGAAUGCGGCCUGGUCUGUACUGGAAAAUAACAUGGAGAUACGUGUCUCCAGCUAUAGUCCUGGUGAUUUUUGUCUGCAGUCUGCUAAACAUUGGAUUGAAGCCAAUUACAUAUUCAGCGUGGAGACAAAAUAAGGGUGAUGUAAAGAGCGUGCAGUACCCCUCUUGGUGUUAUUUCAUAAUUGCUUUCCUCAUCUGCGCAUCUUGUUUAUGCAUACCAGCGGUGUUCCUGUUACGAUUAUAUCAACGAAUGACCACGAGGAGGAGGAGAGACACAGAGAUUGUGCGGGAUUUGCUUGAAUCGUCCACCACCAAGAAACAAACUCUCGAAAACGCUGACUGACUUGAAAAACACGAAAGAGUAGGGAAUUUUUACCUCAACACUGUACAAACCAUCAGGAAAACAGAGUAGGACUAACUCGACUCAGCAUUGCUAUAAAAAUGUAUAGUUUUUAGAUCCGAGCUAAUUAUUGGGCAGUCAUGCAGUUGGCAAUUCUUUUUUUAUUAUUAUUAUUUUUCUUUAACAGGGCGCACCAAAUGUGUGUGUGAAACUGAGUACAGUAAAACAAUUAUUUAAGCGAAGUCUAAGUUGGCCCUACAUGCCUGUAGGUGCAAUGGACAGUUAGUGAGUAACUAAGUUAGUCAUAUUUUACACAAAAAUCUGUUAAUUACAACAAGGGAGGUUAAACUAUUUUCAUCAACGGGUUGGACCGCUCUUUGCGUAGACUACAUUUCCAUGGGGAGUAACAGUUGUGGCUUUUAUUAAAUGCCGUCUUAACCCUUCGAAGCAGUGUUUCUAGAGUGAGAUGCAGAGGAAAAUUUCAAAACUAUUUUGAAAUGCAAUAGAACUCCUAUUAGACAGCCACCCUCGGGGAAAUGGGAGGUGGCCGCUUACUAGGGGUUCGUCUGGAAUUAGCAUGAGGCUUAGCAAGUAGAAAUGUCAAUUUAUUUAAAUACAAGCAUGCUUCAGGCAAUAUGGAAUCCCGUGAAGACGAUAAUAAACGUGUGUUUCAAUGUUCUUA